AUGAUGCGCUGCUUGGCGUUCUUGCUGGCCUGCCGAGCUCUGUGUGAAAGCCAGACUUGCCAUCCAGAUGGUGUGGAGUGUCACGAUAUGGAGGAUGUCAACCUGCUGACUCACCACCAGCACUUUCCGCAUCGACGGCACGAGGGUGGUCAAAAGAUCCACUGGUGGAAGCAUAGGCGAGGCGAUGACAGUGAUGACGAUGUAGUCACUUCAGAAUCUGAUGCUGUAGCCUGCACCUAUUCCAAGACCUAUGCCUAUCCAAGCACUGUCAUCCAACAGGAUUCAGGCGGUGUGUCCCAGAUGGACGACAGGUGUAGCGAUGCUAGCUACGUUGACAACACCAGUACGGCAACUUGCAUUUUGAACUCAAACAGCGAUGGCUACGAUUAUGAUGUGUGGAGUGCUGAUAGGGCCUGUCCAUACCCAGCUGGUGCCACGGAGUAUCCAAUCACCACCACACAACAACAGUGCAAGGACUUGUACAACAAUUUCACAGACUUGGGCGACAGCGUGACAUGGAAUGGGAAGACUUAUUGGACAGGUAUUGGCCACGGAGUGCUUGACGGUGUUCGUGGAAACUGCUACACCGCAAGCUACAAUGGAAACCAUGCGGUUAUUUUUCAAGUGGAUAUCCGCUCAUGGUCAUUGGAGAUCACGUAUCGCACCUUGCAACAGCUCUAUGCUGGUGAUCCCGGGGGUCUUUGUCUGAUUCCAGACGUCCAGAUAAUUAACUGCCUGGAUAUCCCUGGCAUGCCCUCAUCUGUAUGA